UGUGCAAAGCCCUAAGAGGUAACGUCACUCCCUCUGGCAGAGCAGCUUUAGUCUUCCAUCCCCUACCAUCACAACGCCUUAGAAACCGAAAGAUCGCAUCUGUUAUUAUUUUAUCUACCAUGGCUACAAUAACAGAGUGCACCGAAUGCAUCGUUUUAUUGUCAUGUUGUGGGGACCCUGAAGACUCAUAAACGUUGGCCAUGGAAUGAGCACCUUGUCUAGAUCAAGCCUUCACCAUUAGAUGAAAUGGGAAGAUAUUACACAGCUCUAGGAGAAUGAUUCCUCACAAAGGGAUGAUAGUCCACUGGCUCUGGCAAUAGCUUAGCUGAAUAAAAAAACAUCCACAGCUGGCAAAAGGCCUGUUUACUGUCUGAAAGUGAGCUGAACAUCCAUUGCAUCAUGCCUGUUAGGCGAGGGCAUGUGGCACCACAGAAUACAUUUCUUGGAACGAUUAUACGGAAAUUUGAGGGGCAAAAUAAAAAGUUUAUAAUUGCAAAUGCCAGGGUACAGAAUUGUGCAAUAAUCUACUGUAAUGAUGGAUUCUGUGAAAUGACUGGAUUCUCUAGGCCAGAUGUAAUGCAGAAGCCAUGUACCUGUGAUUUCCUGCAUGGUCCAGAGACUAAAAGACAUGCUGUGGCCCAGAUUGCACAGGCCUUACUUGGAUCUGAAGAAAGGAAGAUAGAGGUUACAUACUAUCACAAAGACGGUUCCACAUUCAUAUGCAACACCCAUAUAAUCCCAGUCAAAAAUGAAGAGGGUGUAGCAAUGAUGUUCAUAAUAAACUUCGAAUAUGUGUCAGCAGAAGUCUGUACCGAUUCCACAGAAAGGCUAAAUCACACCUCACCUUGUAAAUCUGAAAAUCAUGAUGACAGCCUCCCGAGUGGCUCCCCUUCAGGCAGAAGAAAAUUAUUCAGACUGAAACUUCCUGGGAUCAGAAUCCUGCCUUCAAGCAAGCAGUCUUUUCCUCAAGAUGACCCUGAAGCAGUAAUAAUAGACUUGUCUAAGCCUAGUGAUGAGGCUGUGCCUAUGAGACAUUUCACCUCCUCCUCCAAAGAUACCCCAUCUGAAGUGGAGGACACAAAGGCAUUAAUAGAACCCAAUAAAUGCCCACCUUUGGUUAAUAUAUCAGGACCUCUAGACCAUUCCUCCCCAAAGAGACAAUGGGACAGACUAAACCCAGAUAUGUUGCAGUCAGGUUCUUACCUGGCACAUUCCAGAUCACGAGAGAGUGUCUGUAGCAUACGAAGAGCUUCGUCAGUUCAUGAUAUCGAAGGAUUUAACAUCACAACAAAAAAUUAUUUUAGGGAUCGACAUGCGAGUGAAGACAAUGGCCGCAAUGUUAAAGUUUCCCGGUCUUGGAUGGCAGGGGGGCCUUUUAAUCAUAUCAAAUCAAGCCUGCUGGGAUCUACUUCAGACUCAAAUCUCAACAAGUAUAGCACAAUUAAUAAAAUUCCUCAAAUUACAUUGAACUUUUCUGAUGUCAGAGAAAAGAAGACCUCAUCCCCACCUUCAUCAGAGAAAACUAUUAUCGCACCCAAGGUUAAAGAUCGAACACAUAAUGUCACUGAAAAAGUAACGCAGGUCCUCUCAUUAGGAGCAGACGUCCUUCCAGAAUAUAAACUUCAGACCCCCAGAAUCAACAAAUUCACAAUAUUGCACUACAGUCCUUUUAAAGCGGUUUGGGAUUGGUUAAUUUUGUUGCUGGUCAUCUACACUGCCAUCUUUACUCCUUAUUCUGCAGCAUUUUUACUCAAUGACCGUGAGGAGCAGAAGAGACGUGAGUGUGGAUACUCCUGCAGCCCACUAAAUGUUGUGGACCUAAUGGUGGACAUUAUGUUUAUCAUCGACAUUUUAAUCAACUUUAGAACAACAUAUGUCAAUCAAAAUGAGGAAGUUGUUAGUGACCCCGCAAAAAUAGCUAUUCACUAUUUCAAAGGCUGGUUCCUUAUUGACAUGGUUGCUGCAAUACCAUUUGACUUACUAAUUUUCGGAUCUGGUUCUGAUGAGACCACAACCCUUAUUGGACUAUUGAAGACAGCUAGACUACUACGUUUGGUGAGGGUUGCUCGUAAGUUGGACAGAUACUCAGAAUAUGGCGCUGCUGUUUUGAUGCUGCUAAUGUGCAUUUUUGCUCUGAUUGCACACUGGCUUGCUUGCAUUUGGUAUGCUAUUGGAAAUGUUGAAAGGCCUUUCUUAGUAAAUAAAAUUGGUUGGCUCGAUAACCUUGGAGUCCAAAUAGGAAAACGAUAUAACAUCAGUGAUGCCAGUUCUGGACCGUCCAUCAAAGACAAAUAUGUCACUGCACUUUAUUUCACCUUCAGCAGUCUGACAAGUGUAGGAUUUGGAAAUGUGUCUCCCAACACCAACUCUGAGAAAAUCUUCUCCAUCUGUGUUAUGCUGAUUGGCUCAUUAAUGUAUGCCAGUAUCUUUGGCAAUGUUUCGGCAAUUAUCCAAAGACUAUAUUCAGGAACUGCAAGAUACCAUAUGCAGAUGCUUCGAGUAAAGGAAUUUAUACGCUUUCAUCAAAUUCCUAAUCCCCUUCGACAGCGACUAGAAGAAUACUUUCAGCAUGCUUGGACGUACACAAAUGGCAUCGACAUGAAUAUGGUUUUAAAAGGAUUCCCAGAAUGCCUUCAAGCAGACAUUUGUCUCCAUCUCAACCAAAUUUUGCUGCAAAACUGUAAAGCCUUCAAAGGAGCAAGUAAGGGCUGCCUCAGAGCAUUGGCUAUGCGAUUUAAGACCACACAUGCGCCCCCUGGUGAUACGUUAGUUCACAGUGGAGAUGUCCUCACUGCACUCUAUUUUCUCUCCAGAGGAUCCAUCGAAAUUUUAAAGGAUGAUAUUGUUGUAGCCAUUCUUGGUAAAAAUGACAUCUUUGGAGAGAUGGUCCAUCUUUAUGCAAAACCUGGUAAAUCAAAUGCAGAUGUGAAAGCUUUAACAUACUGUGACCUGCACAAAAUUCAAAGAGAAGAACUGUUGGAGGUCUUGGAUAUGUAUCCAGAAUUUGCAGAUCACUUUCUAACCAACUUAGAACUAACAUUUAACUUGCGAGAUGAGUGUUCAAAGACUGACCUUAUUUUACGGUCCCAAACAACCAAUGACUCUGAUGAAGAAAACUGCAAGCUUAGGAAAAGAAAGCUGUCCUUUAAAUGCAGUAGCAGCAAAGACAGCUACAAUGGGACAAAAGAGUGUGACACAGGGAAAUCAAAAGAGUAUCAUGAAGUUUCGACACAGUCAACAUUAUCACAUUCAGCAUGGCGUGCUUCAGAGACAGAAAGUGAAAUCCCCUACUGUGAAGUAGAACACAGAAUAGAUAUUCUACAUGAACAACUAAAUAGGCUGGAAUCACAAAUGGCUGCAGAUAUUCAAAGCAUUCUUCAUUUACUACAGAGGCAAGCCACACCAGUUCCACCAGCAUACAGUAUGGUAACAUCCAAUAUCGACUAUCCGAAGCAUUUGUUACACGGAAUGCAAGCAGUUCCACCUGCAGCAGCUGUUAGGACAGCAAAAAGCUUUAGUUCAUCAUCACAGAGCCCGGAAUAUGAAGAUUUUGAAAAAUCAGAUAUAAAAUCCAAAGAGUUACUGUCCAGUGGACAUCUCAGCACCGUAUCAGAGGACAAUUUUUCAUCUUUUAUGGAAAAAGAUCAUGAACACACUUCAGCCCUGCAAGAACAUUCAUCUAGACUGUAUCUUUACCCAGUCAGGCCUCCUUCUUUGCAGGAGUCUUCAUCCUGUUCUACUGGAUUAUCAGGUCUUCACAGGCAUGUUUCGGAUCCAGGUCUUCCUGGAAAGUAGUUCGUUCGACACUUAAUAUUCAACUGCUUUUGGCUAUUUUUCCUGUUUGUAUUUUAAAUCCUCUAUGCUUGACUCAGGGGCUUAAAAGGAAACUGUCAUAUGCAAAUGUACUGUAUAUUCUCAAAGAAUGAAACUUGACAAAUAGGAUUGACCAAUGAUAUGUAAAUAACUCUUUAAAACUAACUGCUGAAAAUAUAAUAUUGCCAGCAAAAUGAGGCACCUUACUUUUUUCAAUUGUUUUGAAAGCUGAAAUCUAUCAGUUGUUUCGAAAGCUGAAAUGCAUGCUUAUUUAAUUGCAUGUCAUUUACAAUUCAGCACCCGUUCCUUUUUUUUUCAUUUUUUUUUUUUUUUUUUUUUAAGAAAAAGUGUUCUAUCGUGGGUAGGCCUUCAGAACAAAUAUGAACUUUUUACAUGAGUAGGAUUAUAUACCUGAACUUGAUAUUUUUUAAAGGACAUUGAAGCUCCCCAAUAGAGUUCUGAAAUGUUUUAUUCUACUAAUGCUGCAGAAUGAAAGAAAGAAAGAAAGAAAGAAUUGUAGCUAAAGCUCAAAUUUUUUGCAAUACCACUAAUCGUACAUGCAAUACCCUAUAUAUAUUUACAGGUAUCAUGUUUGCCUGAUUGAGUAUAUUGCAUGUUAUUAUGAUAGCAUUAUUUAUGCAUGGGAAAGUACUUUUUCAGGUAAAUUAAGGCAGAUCAGUUUCAAAAGAUAGCCAUUCAAACUGUGACUCCAAAUGCAAAGAAUCAAGUUUCAGUUUUACAGUUUCUAGAGAAACAGUAAUGCUAAUCUAAUGAUGCCAUUAGAUUUAAUCAGGAUAAUAGAAUCUUAGCAUUUUAAUAUAUACACACACACACACACA